UCGGUACACCCGUGUAAACGAAAGCAACCGUCAUUUUUGUCCAAAUAAUGUUUCCAGUGAUGAGACAAUGGUGUUAAUGAGGCCCGUGUACAGCAUGUAGAACAUGUCGGAUACCAGCAAUCUUGAUCCUGCUUCCCUUAGUUCAAGGAAGGAUGAAAUUGCACGCAGGGAGCUGCAGCAGAGGAGACACUACUUUUUACAGAAGGAGCUUCAGAACAUGGCCAGAGAGCUCCCUGGUAAGUAUCAGCAGCGGAUGCCAUACAAUGUACUGUCUGGUCUAGCCAAUGUUCUUCUUGAUGACACCAUGUUUGAGAUUGUCCGAAGCCUUCAGGAAGUGCAGCAGCUGGAAGAGAGACACCUGUCUAGUCAGCGCAUCAAACUCGUCAAUGACCAUAAAGCACAAAGACAUGACCUUCAGAAGAAACACAAGGAGAUGUUACAGUCUUGUCAGACCAAACCACACAACCUCCCUAUAGUGGAAAGUACCAUUGAAAGGGAGAAAAUUACACUAGAGCGGCGCUGUGAAGAAGAAGUGAAGAAGCGGGACAUGAAGAUCAUCCUGGAUCUGGAUCAGAAGGUCAUGGAUCAACAAGUGAUGCUGGAGCGGGCUGGUGUUCCUGGAUUCUUCGUCACCAACAAAAAACAAGACAUUCAGCUUCAGAUGUAUCUCCUUGAGUUCAUACAGAGACUUAGUCAUAUGGAUAUUCCCUCCUGACCUUUGCUUCUGAGACUUUUUUAUUUAGAGGUCAUUACUCAAGUCUUCUUCAUAGAGACUUUGUCAUUUAGAGAUCAGUCUUAUUUUCUGUAUUUGUAGACUACCUGAUCUUUUGCAUACAGAUUCAGCCAUAUGGAGAUCACCCUGGUCUUUUUCAUAGAAACUCAGUCAUUUAGAGAUGAAUCUGAUCUUGUUCAUAGAGACUCUACCAUUAGAAAAAUCUCUGAUCUUUUUUAAAAUGAGACACAGUCAUUAGGAGAUCACCCAUAUUAGGAGGGACAGUAGCCAUUUUCAUAUCUACCAGGUCUAAUUCUUCAUCAUUAAAAGAACAUUAUGAUCUUUGUUGUAAUCAUUUAUAUAUUUUUUUUAUAAUAAUCCUUUUUAUUAGAUGCUCUCCCAUUUUGAGAUCUCUUUCGUUAUUAUUCAGAGACUUGAUCAAAUGGAUUUACAAAAAGAAUGGUGGAACCCAAGUUGUUCCAUCAUAUAUAUCAUUGUUUGUCAAUGUUAUUGUUAACAUUAAAAUGCCAUUCUGUUGAUAGGCUCAAUGAUACCAUAUAAUGCACUGUUCAGAAUAUCAAGUAAAAUUAUGUCUUUGAUUCCUGUGCACACUUAACAACUUGGAUUGUAUAUUCAAUUGAUUAUUAUAAUGAAGAAUGAGAUAGUUUGAGAGAUAGAUAUGUAGGUGUGAUAUAUAUGUACAGAGUUUAUACAUGUACUUUCUAUAUGAUUAUGAAUGAACACUUUUGUGAUAAAUAAAUAUGCUCACUUAUUGAAAAGUAUCGAAUAUUUGAUAUAAGUUGUUUGACAAAUUAAAAUUGUAUAUUAGAAUGGAAUCAAAUAAAAUUUCUCAUUAUCGGAAGUAUCA